AUGCAAGAUAACGAAUCCUUAAGGGAGUUCGUGAAACGGUUUGGUCAAGCCGUACUUCAGGUAGAAGCUUACAGUAUGGAUGUUGUCCUGCAAAUCUUCAAGCGAAGCAUUUGUCCAGACACCCCAUUUUUCGAAUCACUCGCUAAAAAACCUCCUACGACGAUGGACGACUUGUUCAGACGUGCGAACAAAUACUCAAUGCUCGAAGAUGACGUGCGAGCAGCCACCCAACAAGUCUUGGUUGCUGGACAAGCAUCUAGAAGUGGCAUGGAAAGAAGUGCCAAACUUCCGGACCGGCCAGGGCCGUCCGAUCGAAGGCAGGAAGAGCCAAGUCGCCCGGAAAGGCCGCCCCUCACACCUUUCUCCAUAUCAUAUGAGAAACUUCUCCCUAUGAUCCAAGGCAUGUCCGACUUCAGGUGGCCUAGACCCCUCGGAACGGACCCAUCCAAAAGAGAUCAUAGCAAGAGAUGUGCCUUCCACAAGGAACAUGGUCACACAAUAGAGACAUGCAGGUGCCUCCAUUAUUUGGUCGAAAGGCUCAUCAAGGCGGGACAUUUAAAGCAAUACCUCCGCUCAGAUGCCGGAGGUAGAGACGCUUCCCAAAAUCACAACUCUGGAGCUCCCAGGGCCCCAGCCACCCCCAAAGCCAUUAUAAACUAUAUUAACGGAGGCUCAUCUGACGAGGAGUAUGACUCCAAACGAAAGAGACAAAAGUUUUUGCGGGCCGCAUCGCCGCACCGUGACGCCCUCAUCCUAUCCCUAGAGAUAGGAGACUUCGACGUGAGACGCAUCCUGGUUAACCUGGGCAGCUCGACCGAUCUUGUGCAAGCAUCGAUCGUUAGCCACAUGGGGCACAGUCUCACGGGCCUCGAAAACCCUGGGCGAAUCCUAUCCGGAUUCAACGGGUCGUCAACUACUUCCUUGGGAGACAUUGUACUGCCGGUCCAAGCUGGCCCAAUCACUUUCAACUUAGCCGCUCGCCAAUACUACCAGAUAGCACAAGAAGCAGAGACCAACCAGGAGGAUGCAUCCCUCCCUGAGUCCAGCCAUGCACGUAACCAAUAG